CGCUGUUGACAGUUAGCAUGCUGCUAACCGAGCGGAAGACUCAUGGUACAGUGAACAUGUUGCUCCAACACCGCGUCCAAAGAUAAAUGUACGGAUUAUACCGCUGGCCAUUCCUCGGCGUGCGAGCAUGUUUUCGUCCGUUUGGAAUUUUGUGAAGCGUCACAAGAGGAAAUUUAUCUUCACCGGAGCUGUAGUCGGAGGUGUCUAUUUCCUGGGCAAAUAUGCCCGAUCCAAGAUCAGGGAGCUCCAAGAGAAGGAGGCCAUUGAGUACAUCGCUCUGGCCAGACGUCAAUACCACUUUGAGAGCAACCAGAGAACGUGCAACAUGACCGUUUUGUCGAUGUUGCCUCCGCUGAGAGAAGCCAUCGUCAACCAGCUCAACUCGGAAAGCCUCACCGCCAUCCUAAAAACCAGGCCGGCCAACAAAAUGGACAUCUGGGAGGAUUUGAAGAUCAUCAGUUUCACCCGCAGCCUGGUGGCCGUGUACAGCACCUGCAUGCUGGUGGUCCUUCUGAGGAUCCAGCUCAACAUCAUCGGAGGCUACCUCUACCUGGACAACUCUGUGGGCAAGCCCGCUCCGACUCCUCAAGCGCCACCCGAGGUCCAGCAGCAGUACUUGUCCAGUAUUCAACAUCUCCUCGGCGAUGGUUUGACACAGUUGAUCUCCGUCGUGAAGAAGUCGGUGCAGAACUCCCUGGACGGCAUGUGUCUGAAGCAAAGUUUGAGUCUGGCGGAGUUGGAGCAGCACCUUAACUGGAUCCGCGCCGAGGUGGAGUCUUGCCGCCCGCUCUCCUCUUACAUGAUGGCCGACGACGACAACGCCCUCGCCGAUCAGGCUUGCGGUCUGACGGAGAGCGACGUCCUGACCAUCCGCCUGCUUAACGAAACCAGAGACAUGAUGGACAGUCCCGACUUCGGCGCGGUGUUGACCACGUGCCUGCAGCGAGGAUUCGCCCAUCUCCUCGACAACCUGGCGCAGUUCUUCCACCCGCCGCCCGGUGACUCCGCCCACAACGCCGACCCUCACAGUCUGGUGACCGUCAGUCUUCCGCUGGCCAAGAUCAUCCCCAUCGUCAACGGUCAGAUCAACACCAUCUGCAGCGAGACACCGGGACACUUUGCUCAGGAGCUUCUGCUGAACGACGACGUGAAGGAGUUUGCCGCCAACGUGUACGACAGCUUCAGCACGCCACAGGAAGUGCGCCAGUAGGACUCCAAGGACCUACUUUUUUUUUUUUCUUUUAAAUCGACCCGUAGUGGAUUACGACAUGCACUGUAUUUUGACGCCCCGGCAGAGGCGGCAGGUAAGUGGGACACCCGGCCGCCAUUUUGUUUCUCCUCACCCGCGUGGUUUCACGUGAGGACACGUCACGCCAUCAACAAAAUGGUCGCUUGGACUUUUAAGUAGUGACGAUUGACUUAAGAUGCCGCAGAAUUAGUCUCAGACGCCCGGGAGGGAGAAGGAAUUAAUAUCAAUAAAGGAGAAAUAUUAUUAGAUUUA